AUGAAAUUCAGCCCAUUGAGACCGGCGGUGUUGACGCGGAUUCCGAAUUUCGAAGACGGAUACGACCCGCUAUGGGACGAUGAGGAGCUGUCGCAGGAAAUCAGUCAGUACGAGAUGUCUCUGGAGGAAGAAGGCACACCCAGUAAGCCUCCUCGGAAGACUCCUUCUCAGUCGAGAUUUGCAACGGAGUACAGUGCCUCGAACAGUCCGACUCGGCCGACGAAACCGGCAGUGUCAUCUCCUUUGAAGCAGGAGCACAGAGACGAGACUCAGGACGUCAAAGAAGACUCAUAUCGCUCUAUCCACGAUCUGUCUUGUGCAGAGUGGGAGGGUACAUUGAACCGGGUGUCACUUAUCCUUGAUCAAUGUCAUCUGAGUCCCGUUGGAAAUUUCAAGCGGGGUCAUAGACGGGGUUCCAGUGUUAACAGUGUGUCUCUGGGUUCCCCGGUCGACCCUGCGGCUGCCAUUGAUUGGGGAGCUCCUUUAGCUCAGGUCGAGAAGGAACUCCAACAUGUGGAGGACGUGUGGGCGUCUGAGGAGCUCAAACGACACAAUGACGUGGCUCGACGGGAGUCUGUGUUUAUGUCUCGGAUGGGAGACGAUCGGCUCAAGCAAUCUGAUGAGCUGGCCAAGAAGCGGGAAAAGAGAAACAGCGUGAUUGUGGGCGGGUUGGUUGAUCAAUGGGAGGCUGAGAGACGGGAAGAAGAGCGGCAAAGGCUGGAGGCCGAGAGGAAGGAGCGUGAGAGGAUUGAGCGUGAGAGAGUGGAGGCUGAGAGGAAGGAAAAAGAACGACUUGCGAAAGAGAAGGAGGAAGCUGAGAGACUCGAACAGGAACGACUUGCGAAAGAAAAGGCCGAAAAGGAGGCGGCCGAGAAAAAGAGAAUCGAAGCCGAACGUUUGGCCAAGGAAAAAGCAGAGAAGGAAGAAAAGGAACGUCUGGAAGCGGAAGAACAAGCCAGAAAGGACAAACUGGGCCAGUUUACAAACUGGAGAGCGGUCGAUAAGGAAUUCCUCCAGUGGAAGGCCAAAAUUGAACAAAUCAAGAAGGACAUCAAGGAACCGGUGGCCAACAAUGCCGAAGUCAAGAAAUUGUGCAAUAAAUGCAAGCGCCAAAUCAACCCCAAGUUCGGACAGCUCACGCCUUCAGUUACACACACAAAACAGAUCAGUGAAGACUUUGUACAGAUUUUCAAUGAGGCCAAGCAGCACAGUGAGCUCGUCUACCUCUGGCUCCUCAACUUCUUUGCCAAGAGCAUUGUUCGACAGGCUGAAAACGAAACCAUUGUCGCUCCUCAGAGUGCCCUUCCCUUAGGAAUGUUGGCCGCAAAGAUCAUGUCUGUGUUUCCGGAGCUCACCGAUCUCAUGGUUGCUCGGUUCGUCAAGAAAUGUCCCUUUGUGAUUGGCUUCACUUGUGACAUUGACACCGAGCAAGGACGAGAACGCAUGGCCUGGAGAAAGCCUGGAGGAAAGUGGGAAGACGAGACUGUGUACUCUGAGCGAAUGGGUGGAAUUGCUUCAGUGUAUGUUGCUAUCACCCAGAUCAGAUUUACUGCACCCGCCGAAAACCCCAGACCCAUUUCCUACAGCUGGACCAUGAUUGCUAGGUUGUUGAAUACGGAGACAGAGAAACUGACUAACACGCAUUUCACGGUUGCCGCUUCAUGGUGGGAGGUGAUUGCUGUGAGAUUCCUGGCCACGUACGGCAUACAGGGCAGAAAGAUGUUGCACGCUGCAUGGGAUCCUUGGACCGCUAGUUGCGGAGAUAAGAGGUUUCCUGCGGGUGCGAGACUGAGAUUGAUGGGUGAGGAGUGGCAGAAGACAGGUAAUGUGAAGGGACUUACGCCAAUGUCGAAGAAUUAA